AUGGACCCCAACUGCUCCUGCAACGCUGGUGGCUCCUACGCCUGUGUUGGCUCCUGUGAGUGCAAAGAGUGCAGAUGUGUGUCCUGCAAGAAGAGCUGCUGCUCCUGCUGCCCCAUGGGCUGUGCCAAGUGUGCCCAGGGCUGUGCCUGCAAAGAGGCAUCAGACAAGUGCAGCUGCUGUGCCUCAUAUCAGAAGGGCUUGAGCCCAGAUGGAGAGAAGGACAUAGAAGUGGGUAGCGAUGUGGAAGUGCUGAGCAUUAACAAGUCAAGAUGGAGGACAGAGAAGAAUCCAGAUUUCCAGAUGAAGUAUUUGCAUCUGCCUAUAGAGGCAUAA